AUGCCAACCGUGUCUGAAAACGCCCCAAUGCCACCUUUUCAUCAGAGUCGCACCAUUCCCAAUUCUACAUCAGAGUCGCACCCAAAUGCAACCUUUCAUUCAGAACUCACCCCAAUUCCAACUGAAUCGGAAACGCAGCCAAUGCCAACCACAACUGAGACUCAACCCCCAGUUCAAACCACAACCGAAACUCAACCCCCAGUUCAAACCACAACCGAAACUCAACCCUCAGUUCCAACCACAACCGAGACUCAACCCCCACUUCCAACCACAACCCUCACUACAUCCACAGUGCCAUCUCCAGUCCCCACCUCCGCACCCACCACAUCCAACACAGUGUCUCCAGCACCAACCACCAGCACAGACUCAACUCCAACCACAUCGGCCACCCAGCCUCCGCAGUCUACUGCUCCCCAAUCAUUCCUCGGCUCUGCUGCUGGCUGUCAGAGACCCGGCGUUGCUGCUCUCGCUCUUUUCGUUGCCGUUGUCGCCGGGCUCCAGAUCUAG